AAUACAAAUUAAGUUUCAUGGGGAUACAUCUAGAAUUUGUUUUUUGGGGAUAUAUAGAAUGAGCCAAUAGUUUGGGAGUGAAAAUGGGAAAAUAACUUGUCGAUCCAAAAAAUGUGAUAUGUGGGCUAUUUUGCAGAUGUAGGUGCUUUAUUUUGCACAUAUAGGGGGGGUACUGGAAGAAAAAAGAAGAAUGGUUGAUAUAUACAGCAUAUAGAGUUUGUAUAUAAUGUGUAAUUGCAAUCUAUUACUGAUAUGUCGUAUCAAUCAUGCUAUACGCUUGGUGUAUAUCAUUUAUUUGUAGGUCUUGCUUUUUAGAUAGAAUAGAGGUACAAUUGCAUUUAAAAUUACAACUAGACAGAAUAAUGUAUAUUCAAUCACUACUAAUUUCAGAGUUAUCGGUGUAUAGAGAAUGCAAUUAAUCAAUUACAAAAAUGAUCAAAACUGUAAUUAACGAAAAAAGAUUCGGCCAUGGCCGAAUAUUUGCUUUCAUAUCUAACCAAAAUUCUGUAAAAGUAUUUAAAUAGAAAUAUUAGUAUAAAGUAGUUAAAUAUUUCAAAAUUUUAAAUACCUUAUAAUAUGCUCAAUUGUGCGAUUAGGCACAUUCAUGGUAAAAAUAAAAAUCUAUGAAUUCUUUUUUCAAGAAAAUUUAUUGGGCCGUUAGCUUUAUUAAGUUGGGCUGUUAGCUUUAUUAAAUUUUGUGGCCCGUUAUCCUUAGUAUGUUUAGUAGUCAGUGUGUUGCCUUUGGGAAAGGCUAUCAAACAAUCUAACUCUUUUUUUCUCUCUCUAUGUUCCUUCUCCCACACGAUUCUUCUCUUCUUCUUCCUCUGUUCUCUUCUUCCAUCUCAGUCACAAACCACUGAGCAUAUCACAAAGCGUAACACUAUGGUUUCCCCAACAAGCUUAAGCAAAUCAGAAGAGAAAGAAACCCUAAACCCUAGAAACGUGUACCACAUCGGAGGACUCCAAGUGAGAUUCCCUUAUCAGCCGUACGGAACACAGCUAGCUUUCAUGAGCCGUGUCAUAUCUACCCUUGAUAGAGCCCAGAGAGACGGUAGAUGCCACGCGCUUCUCGAGUCCCCCACUGGCACUGGCAAAACUCUUUCAUUGCUCUGCUCGGUUCUCGCUUGGCAACAGAGCUAUGCAUCGCGCUUUCCUAAAGGAAACUCGGCUCAUAAAAGAAGUCAUUUCACACCUGACGUCACACGACCACCACCCUCAACAGAACCUAGCGAUGUGGUGGAAGUCGAAAAGCCUCCAAGAGUUCCUACCAUAUUCUAUGCUUCACGAACGCAUGCUCAGAUCACUCAAGUCAUUCGUGAGUAUCGCAAAACUGCUUACAGAGUGCCCAUGGCUGUAUUGGGUGCACGUAAACGUUCAUGCACCAACCGUCGUGUACAGGGGAAACCUAAUUUAGACGAGAUAUGCCGGUGUCUCAUAAAAGAUAGGAAUAAACCAAAAUGUCCCGAGUUCAGAGGCAAAGAUGAUAUUGUAGCUCACCCAUCACUUCAGCAAAAUGAAGUUCAUGAUAUUGAAGAUCUUGUCAAAAUUGGAUAUGCUGUUAGAGGUUAUACGUUUGGUUUUACAGUUCACAGCAAUAUGGAAGACAUUGCUCGUGAAGCAGGCAGCAUUGACUUGGGAGAAGAGACUCUUUUCAAAUUACAGAGUGAACUACAACUUCUAAGCCUGGCGAUCCCAAUGAUAUAUCAACCCGUGUGUGAUGCUAUAGACGGAUUGAUAAGCUGGAUUGGAAGCAGAAAGGACUCCCUAGCAAAACGUGAUCCUCAACACUAUUUCUCUAGCUGGACCGGAGACAAAGCUUUAAGGGAGCUAGAGGAAUCUAAUAUCACUCGAAAAGGCUUCCGGAACUUAUCGAACUGCUUCAUUGAGGCAAUCGAAAGAUCAAUGAAAGAAAUACCUCCUCAUUUGAGUGGGAUAUUUGUCUCCACACUACAAGAGUUGUUAGUUACACUUGGAUACUUCUUUUCAAGAGAUGGAAGUCACAGUCACACCCUAGAUUACGAACUGGGUUUACAACGCUUUAUUAAAAGAGGAGAUUCUUCUGGGAAGUGGACGCAUACUUUGAGUUUGUGGUGCAUGAAUCCAUCUGUUGUUUUCAAAGCUAUCGUUGAUCUUUCUUCAUCCAUUAUUUUAACAUCUGGGACUUUGUCACCAAUGGACUCUUUCUCAUCUGAACUUGGGAUGCAGUUUGGCGCUUGUUUGGAGGCUCCACAUGUGGUUGAUGCUAAUCAGCAGGUGUGGGCUGCUGGAAUCUUCAGUGGUCCUAAUAAUCAACCUCUAAAUGCAAGUUAUAAAACGAAUGAUGAACAUCCGUUCCAGGAUGCUCUAGGGAAAUCAUUGGAAGAGAUUUGCUCUAUUGUGCCAGGUGGCUCUCUCGUCUUCUUUCCAAGCUAUAAGCUUAUGGGAAAACUCUGUACCCGUUGGCGAGAAACUGGUCAAUGGUCUCGGCUCUGCUUGGAAAAAGACAUUUUUAUUGAGCCAAGCGGAGGAGCAACGGGGGAAUUUGAGAACGUCCUGAAGGGAUAUUAUGAUUGUAUAGGCGGAAAGAAGAGAUUCAUUGGAAGAAAUAGGAGAGCAGCAUUUCUUGCUGUAUGUAGAGGAAAGGUUUCUGAAGGGCUUGAUUUUAGUGAUGACAACGCCAGGGCUGUGAUAAUCGUUGGCAUUCCAUUUCCAAACUUGCAUGAUGUCCUAGUCGGACUAAAGAGAAGUUAUAAUGAUACGUACAAAUCAUCUAGAAACCUUCUUGGAGGGGGUGAAUGGUAUUGCCAACAAGCGUAUCGUGCUUUAAAUCAAGCAGCAGGGAGAUGUAUCAGGCAUAGGUUUGAUUAUGGUGCCAUCAUAUUUUUGGAUGAGAGAUACAGACAACAAAGGAACAGAGUGUCUAUUUCAAAGUGGCUAAGACAGUCUAUCAAACUGUAUGAUAAUUUUGAAGAAUCUAUGCAAGACUUGAAAUCAUUUUUUCCCAGAGCCAAGAAGCAUGUUGACAGUAAGAUGUUAAGCUACAAAGAAGUCAUCGACCUUGAGUGUGUGGUCCAAACUGAGCCUGAAACAUCUUUUUUGAUCAAUAGUGGUAGUUCAGCAUCCAGUCCAUUUUCUUGCUCCAGUGGUUUGACUCUAGAACGAGGGGGGCCACCGAGUGUUAGUUCCCAUGCUUUGAAGAGAAGAAAGUUUAUCAGCUCUGCAGCCGUUAUUGACCUUGAAAAAGAAAACAACCAUGACAUGAUCACAAGGAGAAUUGAGUUUGGAUCUGACAGCAGCACUGAAACAAGAGCUAGAGUGCAGAUAUCUUGUUUGCUCUGUAGAAGCCCUUUAGGCCACCCAGAUAAUAACGGCUCUUCAUAUCUAAAUUGCUUGGUGACUUGGUCGUCCAAGAAGUAUGUACUGACUCUCCUGAAAGAAACAUCAAGAUCUGAAAUGCCGACAAGCGUUUCAGUUAUCGUGACAGAUUGCUCCUCGGUUGACCAGAGACUCUGCACAAAAGAUGAGGGGAUUUGGUGCGAGGAAGAUGGAUGUGUUUUCAACACUAUCUUCUGCCCUUUCUGCAGUGUCCCAAACACGACGUGUCUCGGAGUGCAAAUCGUGGCUACUGAUUCAUCAAAUGUCCAGUUUCUCAGCAAAAUAUUGUUCUUUGCUGAUCAUCUAAAUGUCAUGGGUGAUGCUGCAAUCAAGGAAACGUUGUUGGAGCACCAAGGUACUUGCUAGAGAAGUGGAAGCUGUGAGAAGAAGAGAUUACACAUUGACAAAAAGUGUAAUUUAAUUUCGAACAGAUUACACAUUGACAAAUUUCUCUUUCUUUUUCGACAAGUGGAGCAGUAUGCUCAUACGUUGAGUUUGUGAAACGCCUGCAUUUGACGACUAAAAAAAAUAAAUGAAAUAAAAACAGAGUUGUAAAAAAAUUAAUUGGGCG